AAACUCAACAGUCAUCGUUUUAGUGUGGCCAGAAGCCGCGAAAAUUCAAUUUUUCAGGAUUUUGACACUUAUAGAGGGAAGGCCACACUACGUGUGUUCUUGUGUGCUUUUUUGACUAAAAAUGCACCUGCUGAGACAACUACGCCAGGUAAAUGGGCUCCGGAGCCUGCGGCAGGCCACCCGCCAGGUGGCCACCGGCCCCACCAAGCCGGCCACUCUGCAGUACGAGCGGGAUCCGCAGCCGCUGUUCACGGACGCUGAGACCCAGAGACUGCUCCAGUCCAUGACGCAACUGAACCUGGACCGGGUGUUCCGCAAGCGCACGGUGCCGGACAACAGCGUGGAGACCAAGUUCAUGACGGACGAGCAGCUGGACAGCGAGUUCCAGCAGAUGGUGGAGCGGGCCAAGCAAAGGCUACAGAUGCCGCCGAUCGUGACGAUCAAGAAGGACGAGGAGCGCAUUAUUGCCAAGGACCCGGCGUUGAAGGACUUUGCCAGCACGAAGUACGUGUUCACGGACAUCACCUUCGGCCUGCGACAGUCGGAGCGCAAGGUAGUGGUGCGGGAGACCGAUGGAACCCUGGCCUACGCCACAUUGGAGACCACCAAGCGAAUGAACCAGUUGUAUUUCCCCCUGGAGGGCCGUCAGUCGUAUAACCCCCGCAUGUUCCUUUUGGAGGAGCUGUUCGCCAAGUGCCUGGCGGAGCACAAAUACGAGUUCGUGCUGGAUCGCCUCCUUGUGCAGUACGAACCCCAUGAGCCGGAGUUCCACAAUAUUUCGGCGCGUGUCUUCGAGCACCUCAACGAAUCGAAGCAGUUCGACCUCCUGCGCUCCACGCGCCACUUCGGGCCCAUGGCCUUCUUCUACGCCUGGCACCGCUGCAUCGACGAUCUGCUGUACGAUAUGAUCCGACGCGACUACCUCUCCAAUGCCGUGGAACUGAUUGCCCUGAGCUACAAGAUUCACAAAGUGCCAGUGGAGUAUCUGCCGACGCUGGCCCAACUGGACGCCCUGCAAAUCACACCCGCACAGCGCGCUCUGGCAGAGCUGAGAAGCGUCUUCCGAAACCGAGAGGAGAAUCAGGGCAUCGAGCAGGAGAUCCACACGGCCAUUGGCAAGACGGAGCAGGACUUUGCCGCCGACGAGGUCAGCCUUAAGUUCAUCGAGCAGUACAUCGCCAGCGAACAUGCUUUGAAGAAGGUGCAGCUGGAGCUGGCAGUGCAGACUCUGAAGGAAGUCAACCGAGAGAAACUGCUGCUGUUCCAAGGACUAAAAAAGGCGCAUGGCGUUCAGGCGUCGUAGGAGCCUCGUCUUAUUGUUAUCGAUUUCUACUGCUAAUAAAUACAAAAUUACAAAUUA